CAGCGCUUACGUUGCUUUGUUGUUGUACGUGUGCUGACAGCGGAACUGAACAAUCGACAGGCUGUCUGCUAGAAACCAACACAACAAGAUGGAGGUGGAGCAGCUCCUGUCUCUGUCAGGCCCAGCACUGGCCCAGGCUGUCAGCUCUCUGCUGGAGACCCCAGGCCUCUACGUCUUCUCUGACAUCCUGGAGCUGCCUAAUGUCAGAGAGAUGGAGAAUGGCCCUCAUGCACCAAUGUACCAGCUUCUCAACCUCUUUGCCUAUGGAACCUACUGCGACUACAAAGAGAGAGCAGCCUCUCUUCCAGAGUUGACCCCCGCACAGAGGAACAAACUCCGCCAUCUGUCCAUCAUUAGCCUGGCAUCCAACCUCAAGUGCCUGCCAUACUCGCUGCUCUUGCAGCAGCUGGAGCUGAAGAAUGUGCGGGAGCUGGAGGACCUGCUGAUCGACGCCGUGUACUGUGACAUCAUCCAGGGCAAACUGGACCAGAGGAACCAGCAGGUGGAGGUAGACUGCAGCGUGGGUCGUGACCUCGGCCCCAACGAGCUCCCAAACAUAGUCAACACACUGCAGGAGUGGUGCACAGGGUGUGAAGCAGUGCUGUGCGGUAUUGAGGAGCAGGUCUCAAGGGCAAACCAAUACAGAGAGAGCCAGUUAAAGGUCAAAGUCCAAGUGGAAACAGAGGUCUCAAACCUACAGAAAACGUUAAAGGCCAGCGCCGCCUCCCCUUCAUCAGGCCCCGCCCCUGCUGGAGCCGCCUCCAACCAGGACGCAGACCAGCCUGCAGAGCCACGAGACCCCGCCUCCUCUCAGGAACCACGACAACCAGGCAAAAAGAGUUCAAAGGUGAAAGGGCUGCGUGGCAGUGGGAAGAUCUGGUCCAAGUCCAACUGAAGACAAGAGACUGAGGCACUGAUGGACACUCUCACUGAUUAACGAACAGACACAUGGACAUGGUGACGGACAAACGGAUGUUCACGGACACACUCGACACAA